AUGCUCAACAGCGGUCACUAUCCAAAUCAAUGUGAAAUAAAUAAUAGAUCUCGAUAUUCUUCUGCUGAAAAUAAUGAUAUUGAUGUUAACUUAGAUCAUGGAAAACAAUAUAAAACAAAAGUAUCUAUGCAACAACAUGAUGAUUCAUUAAUAACUUGUUCAAAUGAUAAUCGUCUUAAAUUUGUUGACAUAUUAGUAUGUGGGUCAUGUCAACAAGAUUUUCAAUUAAGCGAUAUUGUACAAUUUAUUCAACAUAAAAUGCGUUGUGGAAAUAAAGAAAAUAUUCCAUGUUUGAUGCAAUGUCAUUCGAGUCAUCAGAGCGAUGAAGAUAACGAUAUCGAUGAACAAGAAGAUGUAGAUAAUUCUAAAAUGAAUGAAUUUACUAAUAAUUAUCAAAAAAAAUUUGAUAAAUCAUCGUGUAAUAAAAUAUUAGUUGAUGCAAGUGCAAAUACAUUAAAUACAGCAACUUGGUUUCUUAUCCAGCAUUAUCAAAAAACACAUCAAACAAAAAUAUAUAAUAGUUGUUUAAAUGGUACAUCAUCUACAAUUAAUACCAAACAACAAAGAAAUCUUCAAUCGACAAAUUCUCCUCUUGAUAUUGAUAUCGUAUUAUUAGCUGCAGCGGCGGCUAAUUCACUGGCCACUACUCUUGGAACAAAAACAACAACAACAACAACAACUAAUAAUGAAAAUAAUCAUCUAUUAUCAUCUCUUCCUAGUCAUCAUUCUAAUCGUUCAUCUAAUACACCGCCAUCUUCAUCCACAUUUGCUUCAAAACAAUUAAUUGUUGCUGCACAAAUUGCGGCUCGUACUCAAAGCAUUUUACUCGAACAACAACAACAACACCGUAAUUCAUUAUCAAUUUUAACAAGUGAUAAUAAUUCUUCAUGUCAGAUUAGCACUGAAUGUUAUUCAACUGGAUCAAAAUCGAAUACAUUUUUAUCAUCAACAAGUUCAAUAUGCUCGUCGUCGCCUACAAAUAUUGAUCAAGAACAAGACGCAAAUGUAUUGAACAAACGUUCAACAUCUGAUAAUUGUUUUAAAACCAACAAUGAAGAAGAUCAUUUUACAACAUCACCAUCGAAAAUCGACUAUUUCUUAACACCAAAAUCAAUUGAUAAAGAAACAGGAAAAGAGAGUCAGUAUCAACAAAAAAUAAAAUCCAGAAAACAUAAUCAUAAUACGCCAACAAUAACAGCACAUGAUUUAACGAACCAUUCAAAUGAAAAAUCUCAGUUUUCUGAAAAUGUUCAACGACAUCAAAAACGUCGUCGUCCGACUGAUUCUGGAAACAGUCAUGAUAAUGAACAAAAACAAUGUGUACAUCAUAAAACGCAUCCGUGUCACUAUCAAUCAUCAGAUAUUAAUUGUGAUAAUCAAAAAUUAUCUUUAAAUUUAUCUGAUAACAGUAAAUCACACACACGUCGAGAAUCGUUAUCAUCAAUACAGUCAAUUUGUAUAUCGUCUGAAGAUGAAACUUGUUUUCGAUUACAUGAAACUGAUAUUGAACAUAAAAAUCUUAACAACAAUAAAUCAAUGUGUUCAAAUUGCGAUGAUGAACAAAUUGAAAACAAUGAUGAAUCGAUAAGAAAUUAUACUCAUACUAAUGAACAGCCAACAUCAACGACAAUUUUGGAUAGUUUACAACGAAGAAAACAUCGGCGAAAACCUCCACGUUUAAAACAGCAAACUGAAACAAUAACCAAAAAAACAAAUGAAAACUGUCCAAUGAACAAAAAUGUAUUAAGUAUUUCGAUUAAAACUGAACCAUAUGAUGUAGAUGAUGAUAGCGAACAGCAACAAAUGAAUAAAAAAUCGAAACAUUUACUCACAACUGAUACACUAUUAUCUGCACAAGACGAAAAAUUUAAUAAUUUAUCGUCUUUGUCAUCUGAAUCACCAUUAAAUACUACAGCAGCAACAGUACCAUCAUUAUCAACUACUUCACCAUCGAGUCCUUCAUAUUAUUGGCUUCAUGAAGCAUUUCGAACAUUAUUACCAACAUCUGCCGGAAAUCAACCUAUUUAUCCUAGUUUUUCGGAUACAACAGCACCUAAAAAAUCACCAUAUGGAAGUAUUUCAGCGUCACAUCUAGGUCAGUAUGGCUUAUUAUCCACACCAAAUGGUACGCUUUCGUCAAAUACUCCGAAUGGUUCAUUAUUAUCAUCCAGUUCAUAUUUGUCGACGAUCACAAAUCAUAAUAUCUCACCAAUAAAUUCAUCGUCUACCUCUUUUAGCGGUGGUAACAACAAUCACAAUCGUAAAGAAAGAAAUUUAACAACAACGUCGUCAACACCCACCACGAGUACUUGUACUAGUCCACUUUUGUCCAAUUGUAAUUCAAAUGGCGCUGCAACACCGAAUAGUGGUAUUAAAGGUGGAGAUGUGACACCAACAUCUUUAUUAAUAACUGGUUCAAAUUCAUCAUUACAACAGCAAAGGAUAAAACGAGAGCGACGCAAUGAUACAUGCGAAUUUUGUGGAAAAGUGUUUAAAAAUUGUAGUAAUCUCACUGUACAUCGUCGCUCUCAUACAGGAGAAAAACCAUACAAAUGUGAUUUAUGCAAUUAUGCGUGUGCUCAAUCAUCAAAAUUAACGCGUCAUAUGAAAACUCAUGGCCGUGGUGGUACCGAAGCAUUUCAUUGUCGCUAUUGUACAAUGCCAUUUUCUGUUGCUAGUACAUUAGAAAAACACAUGAGACGAUGUGAUAAAAAUCCACAAAUAUUAGCAGUUUUUAAACAACAAGCAGCAGAAAAAGCUGCUAAUAGUGGUUAUUUAUCACAAGUUGAUAUAUUAUCAACAGAAACAACAGAAAAUCGAGCCUCAUUGAUGAAUGAUCAAAUUAAGAGUGAAUUUUGCAUUGAUACAUCAACAAUGAGCGAAGAUAACGGUGAUGAAGAAGAUGAAGAGGAAAUAAUAGAAGACGGGUGUUUAAAAAAUCUAAUGAAUUUGUCGAGACCGUUUGAUGUUGUGAAAGUCAGAUUACAAUCGCAAACAUCGAAUGCCGUUCGACAAAUACUGACAAAAUCCCGUCAUUCUCCACAACCAACAUCAGCUGCAUCAUCGAAAACAACAUGCCGACAUUAUUUAACAAAACAAGUUCACUAUAACGGUACAUAUGAUACAUUUAUUAAAAUUAUUCGUUCAGAGGGACCAAUCUCUUUAUGGAGUGGUUUGACGCCGGCACUUUGUGUCAGUAUACCAACUGUUGUUAUCUAUUUUACAUCUUAUAUGAAAGCAAAAGAAUUACUUGGCUAUAAUGAAAGUAAACCGAAUCCUAUUCUUCCUGUCAUAGCUGGUGCUUGUUCUCGAAUCGUUGCCGUUACAAGUGUGUCGCCAUUUGAAUUAAUUCGUACAAAAGUACAAUCGGAAAAAGUUCUAUUUAAACAAAUUUAUCGUAUUAUAUCAACAUCCGUUUCUGAAGAGGGCGUGAAAGUACUAUGGAAAGGAUUGCUGCCGACAAUUUGGCGUGAUAUUCCAUUUUCCAUGAUUUAUUGGUUUAACUAUGAAUCAUUAAGGGCUUAUCUAGUACGUUCUGGUAUCAAAGUGGACUCUUAUUGGACGUUUGCAUGCGGUGUACUGGCUGGAAGUGUUGCAGCAACAAUCACAACACCUUUCGAUGUUGUUAAAACAUACAGACAAAUUGACUUAGGACGUAAUAAUAAAACAUAUCCAAAUGUUUGUAUCGAAUGUAGAACUGAAGAACCAGUGAUACGAUCGAUAACAACUGCAGUAACUAACAAUACAGCUACUUCAUCGCGAACAGUCGAUAUUCUUAUUCGAAUAGUCAAAGUAGAAGGUUUCAAAGCUCUCUGGAGUGUUACAUCGCGUAUACGGCGGUCAAAUACGGCGCAUUUACGUAGCACCGUAAACGAACUAGAGGUCUGCCGAACCAAACGUUUUUGGUCCCGGUCUCAUGAAGAAAAAAGUCUUGGUCCCGAUCCCGUGGAAAGAACUCAUUUUUGGUCCUGGUCCCGUGGUCCCGUAAAUAUUUUUUCAAAAUAG